CUGUCGGUGAAUAACUGCGUCUCUCCCGCUUGCGUGAGCAGCCUCGAGCAGAGGCAAGCCGUAGCUCCAGCUGUUCGCCAGGGAGCCGGAUAAACUGUAUUUGUGCGUGGCUCUCGUCGAGCUGACGGCCAGAAGGUGAAUGAGGUUGAUGCUGCUGUGUUGCAACUGGAAGGACGAACGCAUGGGGGACGACGAAGCUGGUGGGAGGUUGCCGGUGUGUACCAGCUGCAGACAGAGGAUCUAUGAUGAACAGUAUCUUCAGGCCCUGAAUUCUGAUUGGCACACCGCCUGUUUCAGGUGUUGUGAGUGCAGUGCUUCCUUGUCCCACUGGUACUAUGAGAAAGAGGGACGGCUCUUCUGUAAGAAGGACUACUGGGCCCGGUUUGGAGAGCUGUGCCAUGGGUGCUCCGAGGCCAUCUCCACUGGCCUCAUCAUGGUUGCAGGAGAGCAGAAGUAUCACCCAGAGUGCUUCACCUGCCUGAGCUGUGGGGCCUUUAUCGGUGAUGGGGACACAUAUGCUCUGGUAGAGCGGUCCAAACUCUACUGUGGGCAGUGUUACUACCAGACCAUAGUAACCCCGGUGUCCCAGCCAGACUCUCCAUGCUCCAGAAUUCCACACACAGUGACGCUGGUGUCCAUUCCAGCCUCUACAGAGGGCAAGCGAGGAUUCUCUGUGAGCAUCGAUCAGGAUCUCACGCCCAACGGCCUGGGUCCUGAGCUUAGCCCCACCGUGCGUGUGUCUGAAGUGGACUCAGACUGUAUCAGCCCCGGUGUGAAGAACUCCAUCCAUGUAGGUGACCGUAUCCUGGAGAUCAAUGGGACCCCCAUCCGGAACGUUCCACUCGAUGAGAUUGACCUGCUGAUCCAGGAGACGAGUCGGCUGCUGCAGCUGACCAUUGAGCAUGACCCCCACGACCCCGGGGUCCCGGGCGACCAGGUGGACGGGCCCAGCCCUCUGCUGGAGGUGGACAGCCCUCCCCAGCCCAUCACUCAUCCCCCCCACCCAGACAUCUCCAGCCUCCGCUCGCGAGCGAUCACGCGUAGCUGCAGUAUUGAUAAGUCUCCCGGCUCGAGUGCCGCAGCCUCCCCCUUGUCUCUGAGGAAGGAUAUUGGGCGCUCUGAGUCCUUGCGUGUCGUCUCCAAAGACAAGACACACCGAAUCUUCCGCCCCUCUGACCUCAUCCAUGGAGAGGUGCUAGGCAAGGGCUGUUUUGGACAGGCCAUAAAGGUGACUCAUCGGGAGACCGGGGAGGUGAUGGUGAUGAAAGAGCUCAUUCGCUUCGACGAGGAGACUCAAAGAACCUUCCUGAAGGAGGUGAAAGUGAUGCGCUGCCUGGACCACCCCAAUGUCCUCAAGUUCAUCGGGGUCCUCUACAAGGACAAGCGGCUCAACUUCAUCACCGAGUAUAUCAGGGGAGGAACACUGCGAGACAUCAUCAAAAACAUGGAAAGCACUUAUCCAUGGAACCAGAGAGUGAGUUUUGCGAAGGACAUUGCCUCUGGGAUGGCGUACCUGCAUUCCAUGAAUAUAAUCCAUCGUGAUCUGAAUUCACACAACUGUCUUGUUGGAGAGAACGACAGCGUGGUGGUGGCGGAUUUUGGACUGGCGCGUCUCAUGGUGGAGGAUAGAACCCCAAGUAAGCCGGCUGCUGGGAAGAUUUCAGGGAUGAAAAGGCCUGAUCGGAGGAAGAGGUACACAGUGGUGGGUAACCCCUACUGGAUGGCCCCUGAGAUGAUCCACGGAAGGAGCUACGAUGAGAGAGUGGACAUCUUCUCCUUCGGCAUCAUGCUGUGUGAGAUUAUUGGUCGAGUGAAUGCAGACCCAGACUAUCUGCCCCGCGCCAUGGAUUUUGGGCUGAAUGUUAGGGGCUUCCUGGACCAUUACUGGCCCCCAGAUUGCCCCCGCCCCUUCUUCCCCAUGGCAGUCUUGUGCUGUGAUCUGGAUGCAGAAAAACGCCCUCCCUUUGCCAAGCUGGAGGAGUGGCUGGAGAACCUGAAGAUGCACCUGGAGCUCCGGCUCCCCCUGGUGUCUGAGCUGGAUCAGGUCCAGCGGGCUUUCUGGGAGAACCACGCCCAGUCGGAGAACGGGCUUCAUACACACUCCGAGCAGCCUGAGUAAUCCAGCCAGACUGACGUGGCCCAAGCGGACCAAAGUGGACCGGCUGCUGGUCUCCCUGUGGAUUGGGGGUGCAGGCUGGGGUGGAGCAUACCUGUGCCCACUUCAGAGUGGUCAUCCGAUGCUCACAGAACUGUAGAUGACUUGUGAGGCCACACGGCGGGGUGCUGUUGUGUAUGCAGGGGAAACCCACAACCGGAAGUUAAGUUCUCUGGAAUCCCACUUAAACAAAGGCACUUUGUCAUUGCAUUGUCUUGGCUUCAGUCAGGUCACUAGUAUUCAUGAAACCUAUCGCAGAAUGAAUGUGAACAUCAUUGUAUUGUAGUUGUACCACUAAAUUCAGUGGCUUAUUAUCAUCCCUUGAAGACACUAAAAGUGUUCUCUGAAGGGGGACUUGAGAAAUUUAGUCUUCCUAGUCCAUUCAUGGUACAUACUUCUCUCCCACAUAAAAUA